GUUACUAGACUAGACCUUCCUAGUGCCACAGUUUCCUCACUAGCGUUGACGGCAAGUUCCCCCGUUAAAAGCUGCUUGACGACUCUGGAACUCCAUGAAUUGAUCCAAGGUUAUUUAUUUGGUUAGAUAUAAUCCUUUCACCGCUCAUCACCGAUUUACCUACCUACCUACCUACCUACCUACGCUCUUCGCUAGGCGAAUGGACUCGGAGCUCGAAGCACAAUUUUCUAAAUUCUUCGCCUCGGUCAAGGACUUUUUCAGUUUCACCCGCAAAUUCGGACUGUUCACACAUAGCUUGCUAUCUCCGUGGAGAAUUGGAAUCUUAUGUCAGUAUCAAGUUUAUGGGGGACACCGUCUAGAUUAGUACUACUGCUCAUGAUACCGAUGGCCAACUCAACCUUUUCGACACCGCUGACAGAGCUCUUUGGUAUCCGCCAUCCGGUGAUGCUUGCUGGCAUGGACACCGCCGCAGGCCCUGAGCUAGCUGCUGCAGUGACCAACGCUGGCGGCAUAGGUAUCAUAGGCGGUGUCCUUCUCACUCCAUCCCUUCUCCGUUCAUCCAUACGCGCCCUGAAACUCCAUCUUCACGACCCCAAGGCUCCAUGGGGCGUUGAUCUUCUCAUACCCCAAGUUGGCGGAAACGCAAGGAAGACCAACGAAGACUACACCCGCGGACAGUUGGCCCAGCUUGUCGAGGUUAUCAUCAGUGAAGGCGCGAGGCUCUUUGUUUGCGCGGUGGGUGUCCCGCCGAGAUGGGCUGUGGAUCAGUUCCAUGAGGCGGGCAUACCUGUUAUGAAUAUGAUCGGUCAUCCAAAGCAUGUCCCGAAAGCCUUAGCGCAGGGUGUUGACAUCAUAUGCGCCCAAGGUGGAGAGGCGGGUGGACACACGGGAGACAUUCCGUUCAGUAUUCUCAUCCCAUCUGUUGUCGAUUUGUGUGGUAAAGCCAAGACUCUCAAGGGCGAUCCGGUCAUUGUCAUUGCAGCGGGCGGCAUUGCGGAUGGGAGAGGGUUGGCCGCCGCAUUGGUGUACGGUGCAUCUGGCGUCUGGGUCGGUACGCGCUUCCUCGCAUCCACCGAAGCUGAGGCAUCGCAGAUGCACAAAGACCUCGUUUUGAGCGCCGGAUAUGAUGAUGUCGGACCAACACUCAUCUAUUCUGGCCGACCGAUGUGUGUGAGAAGGACCAAGUAUGUUAAAGAGUGGGAGACCACCCGUCGGCAUGAACAGGAAGUCCUCCUCUCCCAGGGGAAGAUACCGUAUAAAAUCGAUCUGGAGGAACACCCUGAGAAGAGGGUGGAGAGUGCCCGCUGGGUCAUGGGAAAAGUAGCCGGCUCGAUACAUGAUAUCAAGCCGGCAAACGAUAUUGUCCAAGAAAUUGUUCGCACCGCGGCGGAACGACUGGAACGGUCCGCCGGGCGUGUGAGGACCAAGUUGUGAAAAGGCAGGAAAGGCAGACUCGGAGGAUCUUCUACAGUGGAACAGGAACGGGAUAGGGCAAGCUUACAGAGCAUUCUAUGUUUUAUCUUUCACAAUCAUACAGAUAUUGGUAUUUUUUCGUGAAUCUCAUCGUCAGGGACUGGUUCUCAUCAGAAAUGUAUGCACGCACCUUGACCAGGCUAGACUAUCGACGCAUUCUCGACUGAACGUCACCGUUAAGGGCUUCAGCGCUACCGCUCUGCCUCUGACUUAAACAGAAGCAAGACCGACCCCCUUCCCUCGAUUAGAACGGCCCGUUUUCCGAAUGACAAUAAUUCUGUCAGUGCCAGGGCCUUGAUUCGUACUCGAGUACUUGGGCACUUAUAUGGAUAGAUCGAUUGUCCUUGCCUUGACAAUUGUCAUCUACUACUAUAUAUAUAUACAUAA